GGCCCGACCGCCUGCCCGACGACUACGCGCUGCCACCUGGCACCUGGUACACACCGACUCCUCAGCAACCCUCGCAUGAUGAUUGUCAUAUACUUACAGCGUGUUAGUGUAGUACGUAAGUAAGAUCGGAUGACAACUAGCGGUAUCGCCAACUAGAGGCGGUCUAUCGGCACAACAGUGAAGCUCUCGUUGACCGUGUGAGGCGCCGAGCGCGGUGCGGUGAGGAGGGCGCGUGGGGGUGGAGAGGCUCAGUCGCACGCGGUCCGUUGCCGAUUACAUACGGACCGCCGCGCGUUCCGUGCCGAUUUACGAACAUACUGUGAAGUUAUCAGUGACCGCGCGAGUGCCCAAGGAUACCUGACGAGUGAGUGAAGUGUCGUGCUCCGAGAUGUGACACGCCGUGUGUGCCGCGGGACUGCUGUGAUUGGCGGCGGUGAGUGGUGAGUGACGGCCGACCAGCUGCAGGAUAGUGCCUGAUGUAAACAAUGUGCGAGAUGCGGAUGUGCGCGGAGGUAGUGGCGCGGGCGUCGGGCCAGCGCUGAGCGGCGCCAUGAGCGGCUCCGUGCUGGCCGCCGUGCUCGCCGCGCUGCUCGCCUGUGCCGGCCACGGACACCAGCCACAGCGAGCGCGGCGCGUGCAUCGCGAGGCACCCACGCCGGGAGUGGUGUUAUCUGGUGAGGGGGACGGGGCCGGGCGCAGGAGAAGAGGUGCGCGACCCGUCCGAGCUGGACCUGUCCGAGGUGGCGGAAGUGCCGGCGUGGCGCGAGCUGUGGUACGGCUCGCUGGAAGCGCUGCACCGAGAGCCUACCAUCAACAACACGCAGGAGGACGUGCUGGCGCAGCUCGGCGCCGUCGCCUUCUUGCACUGCCCGGUGCGCAACCUCGGCGAGCGCGGGGUGUCGUGGGUGCGCCGCCGCGACUGGCACAUCAUCAGCUCCGGCGUCCUCAUGUACACUAACGACGAGCGGUUUCAGGUACUGCACAGCGAGGGAUCCGAUGACUGGAUCCUGCAGAUCAAAUACGUUCAGAAACGAGACAAUGGCACCUACGAGUGUCAGGUGUCGACGGCGGUGGGCACGCUGUCGCGGCUGGUGCACCUGCACAUCGCCGUGCCCGAGGCGUUCAUCCUAGGCGCUGAUGAGCACCACGUGGACGCCGGCUCCACCAUCAACCUUGUCUGCAUCAUAGAGAAGAGUCCAGUACCACCGCAGUACGUGUUCUGGUACCACAACGCGCGCAUGAUCAACUACGACGCGGCGCGCGGCGUGACCGUGGUGACCGAGCCGGGGCCCAAGACGCAGUCGGCGCUCGCCAUCCGCGCCGCCGCGCCGCACCACUCCGGCAACUACACCUGCGCCGCCGCCAACACCGAGCCCGCCCACAUAUACGUAUACGUCUCCGAAGGCAGUGACAAGAUGGCGGCCACACUGAGCCGCAACACGAGCAGUGCGCCGCCGUACCGCUACCGCGACCUGCUGUUCGUCGUUUUAUUAGUUUACACGAAUUUAAUUCAACACAUAGCGGCGGAAAAUAGGCCGCCAGUGUGAACCGCGCCCAAACGCUUCUCGGGCCGGUUCUAGACUGAAGUGUUGUGCUCCACGGUGAUUUUGAAGACAAUAAUCGCAGUGAGUUGUGCUGCUUGACACGGACAAGUCGAUGUUGGACAAAAGUUAUCUUGAAUAAUGCUGUAUAUCAUAUGAGCAAAACGAAAAAGUAUUCGCUAGUGCGAGAAUGUCUAGCUCUAACUGAAUGGCGCAGGUACUUCUCGGUGCGCGCUGUCGGCACGUUUCUGUUAUAAUGCAUUUUACAAACUAAACCAGGUAACUGGUCAAUAGGAGCUAAUUUAAAAGCGGCCGAAUUCGAUAAUAAUAUGCCAUUUCAAUCUGUCCCGCGUGCAAGACCACGUCAUGUCGUGGUGUAUGUAAUAAUAUAAUGUACAAACUUGGCAACGAUCAAAACAACACUCGGGCUUAGUACUAAACCGUGUUGUAUGGAACACUAGCAGUGCACGCGGAGCUCUGCCACAUAGGCAAGCAUAUUCAUACAGCCGUCACAAGAACUACUUAACGCAAUGAAAACGUACCUGUAAGCGCGUAGUCGAAUGUACUUGCGUCACCGAAGUGGUCGUGAUCCACUCUGUAAAUACCGUUAAUGUAAUUAAUAAUAAUAUUAAGCGCACGUGCAGUGGAGUGCGGCGGCGCCGCUCCCGCGCACGCUCGCGACCCGCGCCUGCAGCUCCGCCGCUCCCGCGCCGGCGAUCACAUUGUUUUGAAUAUACUGUAUUCGAUGCUCAUGACUUCCACAACAAUACAUGUAAAAUAAACGAUUUACCAGAAAUAAA